AUGGCUGUGGAAAUAUUACAAACUAUAAAAAUAUUUCAAAAAAUCAUUUCAUCGUUUGGUCGACAUUCCUAUCCACUUGGCACCACCUCCCAGUCCUAUUCACUUGGCACCACCUCCCAGUCCUAUUCCCUUGGCACCACCUCCCAGUCCUAUUCACUUGGCACCACCUCCCACCUGUCCUAUUCACUUGGCACCACCUCCCACCUAUUCCACCACAGUCCUCCACCACCUCCCAGUCCUACACUUGGCACCACCUCCCAGUCCUAUUCCCUUGGCACCACCUCCCAGUCCUAUUCCCUUGGCACCACCUCCCAGUCCUAUUCACUUGGCACCACCUCCUGGCAUCCUCCUAUUCACUUGGCACCACCUCCAGUCCUAUCCACUGGCACCACCUUCCUCACCACCUCCCAGUCCUAUUCACUUGGCACUCCCAGUCCUAUUCACUUGGCACCACCUCCCAGUCCUAUUCACUUGGCACCACCUCCCAGUCCUAUUCACUUGGCACCACCUCCCAGGCACCACCUCCCAGUCCUAUUCACUUGGCACCACCUCCCAGUCCUAUUCACUUGGCACCACCUCCCAGUCCUAUUCACUUGGCACCACCUCCCAUCCUAUUCACUUGGCACCACCUCCCAGUCCUAUUCACUUAGCACCACCUCCCAGUCCUAUUCACUUGGCACCACCUCCCAGUCCUAUUCACUUGGCACCACCUCCCAGUCCUAUCACUUGGCACCACCUCCCAGUCCUAUUCACUUGGCACCACCUCCCAGUCCUAUCCACUUGGCACCACCUCCCAGUCCUAUUCACUUGGCACCACCUCCCAGUCCUAUUCACUUGGCACCACCUCCAGUCCUAUUCACUUGCACCACCUCCCAGUCCUAUUCACUUGGCACCAGUCCUGGCACCACCUCCCAGUCCUAUUCACUUGGCACCACCUUCCUAUCCACUUGGCACCACCUCCCAGUCCUAUUCACUUGGCACCACCUCCCAGUCCUAUUCACUUGGCACCACCUCCGGGCACCACCUCCUCCUAUUCACUUGGCACCACCUGGGCACCACCCCCAGUCCUAUUCACCACCACCUCCCCUAUUCACUUGCACCACCUUCGUUGCAGUCCCAAUUCAACCGUCGGGGUCGCACCACCUCCCACAACCCACCUGCUUCUUCCCGCUGGCAGGUUCGCCAGAAACCCCACACUGCACUACGUCCAGUUAA